CCCGGCGAUCCGAUCGCCUGGGUCCCAGGGCUGCAGGGCAAGGAGGGCCACCCCGUCGGCCUCCCGCACGGAUUCCCUCUGUCCGUCGGUCGGUGGGUCCGCGGAGCCGGCAGGAGUCCCUGGGCUCUGGGCGCUGUAUGGGAGGCUACAACAGACCGAUGGCGGCGGCGGCCCUGUCCGGCCUGGCGGUGCGGCUGUCGCGCUGGGCCGCGACCCGCGGCUCCUACCGCGCCUUCUGCAAGAGGCUCACGCGCACACUGCUCAUCUUCUUCGACCUGGCCUGGCGCCUGCGCGUGAACUUCCCCUACUUCUACGCGGUGGCCUCCGUGAUUCUCAACGUCCACCUGCAGGUACAUAUUUAGAGCGAUUAACUCUGUGGUAGUGGCGGGCCCCAGGCAGGAUGGCUGACUUGCACCCACCGGCUCACCCGCCCCAGAGCGAAGUGACCAGCUCGGCCCGCACACGCGGACUUGCCCGUCUGUCUUCCCAGUGUCUCAUCUGUUAAUGUAAAUGGGCGGCUAGAAGUCAUUAUUUGCGGAAAGCCUUCAGCAUGACCAAAAAAGCCUAAGAUAUAACGAAAAGUUGCCUCUCGAGGAAAUAGAUAUUUCAAGGAACAGAAAAGAACUUAAAAGUCUGAAAAUCUGCAGAAAUAUGUGAGAAGUUCUUGCAUCCGUAUGAUAAAAAAAACACAAAACAAAAAGCAGCACGAACUUUGGGCGAUGCCAAGGGACACAGGAUGCCUUAAAGGGGAAAAAAGGAGGAAAGGUUACUAACAACUUAAAUAAACUGUGCUGGAAUGGUCCAGAGAGAAGGCUAAUCCUCCAAAUUAGAAUGAGACCUGCAUAGAGUUCCAACUGCGUGGAAUGAAUGCUAAGCAAUAGACUGGAUGGAAUUAGACGUCGGAGGAAAUUAAUAUCGUGAUCUGAAGUCAUACCUUGCCUCACCCCCAAAGAGGAAACAACGGUAAACGGGAACUGCAGGGAAACAAACAUUUCAAGCUGUGCAAGGAAAGCAUGCUUCAAAUAAAAAAGCAACCUGGGAUGUGGCCUGGUUUUGAACAGUCGCCAGGAGUGUGAAAAACGGAAUCUGCUUGGACAUUGGCACAUGGAUCGAGACUGCAGUCACAGAUCCAACCACAGCAUUCGACUUUGCUAUUCAGUGAGCGGUAUUUAAAUGAGCAUUACAAUAGAAAUAUUAGUUAUGAUGUUCCAUUUUUAGAGUAAAUCUAAGGCAAAGCAGGGAAGACUUAAUUAGGGUUUUAGAACAGAAUGGGAAUAUUACCAACUUUGACGGUGUAUAAGUACUGGCGGAGGGGAGGAAAUGGCAUAGUGGUGCUAUUUUCAUGAAGCGGGAAGUCUGGAUACUGUCUCUAGUUCAAAGAAUAUCGGUGGGGGGAAUCACUUCGUAAGGUAUAUAAAUGUCUAACCACUACGCUGUACACCUGAAACUGAUACAAUAUUUGAAUGUCAACUGUGAUUGAAAAAUUAAAAUAAAAAGUAAAAAGUUUUAAUGACUAUAUCAAAAUGAGCAAGGGUACGGGCGGAAGCAUUAAAAAUAGUGUUACGACCAUAUGGAGUGGGGAGGAGAGUGGAGGGGGACAGCAGGAAGUCAGCAGAAAAUGCCUCAUGUUAUCAGGUCAAGAAAUAGUAAUAAAAGCAUAUUCUUAAAAACGGAGAUAACCACUAACCAAACGUGUAAAAGUUUUGCCUCUGGGUUGGGGAAUCAAGAGUUGAGAAGGAUGAGCGAGGAUUUACUGCUUUUCAUCACACACACACACACACGCUUUCGCAUUCUUUGAUUUUUUAAACUAUGUGCAUGCAUGGUUUUGAUUAAAAAUGAAAACUUAUUAAAAAUG